UAGUGUAGCACGAGUUCCUGUGGUCGAGUUGAUAAUUGUUUGGGGCGAAAUGACCGGCCCCUUGACUACGACCUCGACCGUCAACUAUGGGGCCGGUGGAUCUCGCGCGUACACUGUAAACAAGUGUAUAAAAGAUUGGUAACUGGGACUCCCUGGCAUGCCACGCUGCAAACUGGUGCAGAUACAAUAGAAUCCACAUUUUCUGAAUGAUGUCAGAUAUAUAUUCCACACAACUACUGAAGAUGAUGUGUGUGGCUGAACAUCAACAGUCGUCGCCAGCUUGAAUAAGCACUUUGACACCGCGCUACAGGAAGCUGGACCUCAUGAACAAAGAUGAAGCGAAAUCUUCCAAGAGGAACAGCAGCAUACUGUUGCCUGAGUCUGGGCUUUACCAUGCUGAGCAGAAGUUUUGGAUUUUAUUAUUUGAAAGUUUUUCUCAAUCUUUACAAUGUGAAGGAGAACUGGUUUCAUCUGUCUCAAGUUCUCUUCAUGAUUUGGAAUGCCAUCAAUGAUCCACUUUUUGCACUUUUGCAGGACAACACAAAUUCUUUUUUGACAAGGACACGACGGGAGGGCAUUUUCUUCACAGCACCUCUUUUUGCUAUGUCCUACAUGAUUGCAUGGCUGCCCUUUGGACAGAGUGACUGGGCAGUAGGCAUUCAUUUGAUUGCUGCUCUCUGCAUUUAUGAUACCCUGUACACAUUUAUUGGACUUCUGUCCUGUUGUCUAUUUACUGAACUGAAUGUUUGCCAAACUGACAGACUUCUUCUUACAAGAUAUUCAACUAUAACAAGUCUCAUAGGAUCCCAGAGCAUCUUUUUGCUUGAAUUUUCUUCAGACAGUUUGAGAGAUUUUACAGCAUUUCAGGCUACUUCGCUUGGUAUUUCUGUUGUGGCAAGCUUGCUGAUGAUGUAUGCUGGACUUCAUGCUCACACAACGUAUGAUAUUGAAGCUAAAGUUACAUUCCCUGCAGAGGAAACCUGCAAAGACCCUGGUACAGAGAAUCAAGAGUCAUUCUUCAGAAACACUGUGCAAAUUCUACGAGAAAAGAAUUUUAUUGCUUUUGUUGUCACCAACUUUUUUCAAGAAUUCCAUAAGGCAUACCUGUCAGGUUUCACAGCCAUCUUUUGUGACCAUCUUAUCCCAAAGUCUCAAGUUCCUGUGAGUGUCCGAAGCAUUUUUUACGGAUUGACAGGCACGUUAGGAGGGAAAUGGAAGAGCAAGACAAAGAAAAGAACAAUAGAAGAACAACUGUUGUAUUUUUUAAACAUGUACAAAAUUUCACCAAACUGCUUUUUUGAGUUGAAAAACUAACAGUUGGCAUUCUUUAUGCAGAGCUUUUUUCUGUGUAAAACAAAGCUUUGAUUUAUAAAACCAGAAAUCACUAUUACACCAGCUUUUUAUUGCAAGAUGAUAAACCGUUACACUUUGUCUUCUCACCAUCCUAUUGUCAUUCUGUUGGAUGAGACACUUGCAGCAAGUACUUGCUUUUACUAGCUUUAUGCAGGUGAUCAUGUGUGCUGUGGAACACUAUUCCUAAUUAACCAUGCAAAGAAAAUAAGCUAUGAUUUUGUUGCAUUUUUGCCUUUUGAGUAUACAUUGUAGAAUCCAGUAAUUUGUUCAAGCUUCAUUAUAUGUGUUGUGUUGCAUGGUGUCUUUGGUUAUCAAUGCAUGUCAGUCCAGUCCUAUGGAUAACGAUACAGUUUAUCAGCAGGUGUUUCUAAAUAUAUUUCCUUGAUUGUUUAACUGAUAGCAUGAAACAAAUACAUUCUGUGGAAAAAUUUAUACUAUUUACUACACAUAUUGAUAACUUUCAGGAAUUGAUGAUCAGUGCACCAGAACUAGAAGAAAACCUAUUUAACUUUGUAACACACAUGCAUGUUGUGCACUUUCAAACAUCACAUCAAGGUUUUUUCUCCUUCCUUUUGUCAUAUAUACUGUAAGCCUUAAAUAGACAUGGACACAGUCACAGCUAGAUGACCUGUUAACUGUGGCAGUACAUAUCUGCUGGAGAGGGGGACAAACUUGUUUUCUUUCUUCAAUUAACUUUAAAGGCGGAACUUCUUUUGACCGUAGGAGGAGAAUGGUUUUCCCCAUGCGAGGAAAGGUAGGAAGACACAGAGUACUUACCACUAGUGGUCAGUUGUCUCCAAUUAAUACUCAGCAAGGGUACCCUUGCCUGGGCAAAACCAUUUUAAAAACCACCCACAAGAAGUUCCACCUUUUAAUGACAAUGGCAUUUUCAGAUAUGAAAUCUUAACAAUUUUUUUUUAAACAUGGGUUACAAUCUAUCCAUGUAAACAUGCAUAUUUUAUAAACAUGCAUAGUAAUGUUUCAACACAUGCCUGCACAAUACACACAUGCACAUUCUCUCUCUCUCUCUUGCUGUCAGUGUCACAGACACAUCUAUUGUAUAAAAUAAUUAUCAGGAUCAGUAUUUCAGAACUGUGGUCAAAGACAUUAUCAGAGAGUUUCUUUGCUAUAAAAGGAUUAGAUUUUAUGUUGAAUACAUUGCUCAGAUGAUUUGUUUUUGUUAAUGACUUAUACAGAUACAAAGACAUCUUUUUUCCAGUUGGCAGUAAUAUUUGGUACACCGCUUAUUGAAAGACUUGGGUACUUCCAUGUGAUCCGAUACAACUUUGUUUGGAAAUUCUUUGGUGGUCUUACUAUUUUCUUCAUGGGUCCAUCCAGUCCAUGGCUUCUUAUGUUCUUCAUUUUGUUGGAUUCGAGCUUUGCAAUUGCAACCUUUUCCUUGUUUAACCUACCGCUGGCGGACAUUGCUGACCAUGACAAAGAAAAGUAUAACCGCAGGUACCACAUUUCUUCAACCGUGUUUGCAACAAAUGCUUUGAUAGUGAAGCCAUCUCAGUCCUUGGCACCUAUGAUUGUGGUUGCUGUUUUGAAUGCAUACGGUUAUGAAGAACUGAAGGCUGGUUCAUUGCCAACAUAUGAGACAUCCAUCCUCAAGAGUGUGAUGUUCCAGAUAAUAAGCAUCUUUCCAAUUCUUCUUGCUGUUGUUCAAUAUUUCUCAUGGUCCCAGUUUACCAUCCGUCACAGGAUUGUUGAACAGACAAUUGAUGUCUGAGAAGCAAAAUCUAUUUUAUACCAAGAAGCACUCACUAUAAGAGCCUUAGCAAUAUGCUAGAAAAAAUACAGGUGUUGUACGUAUUAAUUGCUAAUGUUUCUGAUAUUUGUAUAAAGAACGAAUGUCCAUCAUUUGUAUUGAGGAAUGGAAGAGAUAGACCAUAAUCUGAGCAGCAUCUUCUGGAUUUUGGUACUUAAUAUCGGUGUUCAUCAUAUAAACCCUAAAGCUUUUAUUGUCUUUCACCUGUAGAUCGCAUUAAUGCAUACAGUGCAUUGAAUCAAACUUUGAUGCCUUUUAUUCGUGAGAUUAUCAAGUUUGUCAUUCUUUAAUUAUGAGAAUAAUAGCAUUUUGAAAAUUUCAACUCAGUAUAAAUGAAAAUAUCUAAAGGAAUCAUUUUCAGAAAGAUCUGAUUUACAUACAGAAAUAUUUGAUAUGGAUGAUGAUAGAAUUGGUAGUUGUUUGCCAUCAGGCCUUAAAAAGUUCAUCUGCUUUAUCUAACUGGUCUCUGGUCUGGAUUGUACCAUCAUGACAAUCUCUUUUGCCUAGAAUUGUCUAUAUGAAAUUAAUUUCUUUUGAUCUGUUAUGAAGGGAUUAAGAUCUCUAAUAUAUGGUGGCAGCUUAAGUUUUGUGUUGGAUCCUGAGCCUUUCAUGAAAACAUGCAUUUAGGUACACAUGCAGAAACAUGGACAACAGGACAGUGUGUCUUCACUGCUGGAUUUGUGCAUGUGCCCAUGCAUGAAUGAAUAAUGAAUAAAUGAAUUUUACGUCCUUUAUAUUUUGGUAGUAACCUGCAAAUAUUUUGUAUAUUGGCAUAUUGAUACAGAUCUUUUAUAAAAGGUGUUUUAAAAUUACUCUUUAUAUACUUGUUCUAAAAGGACGUGGGAAUUUCGAAUGGCAAUACUUUAAAAUUUGUUUUUCAAGAAACAAACAUGGGAUUGUUUUCUUAUUUGAUACUGCCAAAAGGGAAGUGGAUUUUUUAUGAAAAUCAAGAUUGAUUACAUCAUCACUUGUAUACUGUACUUGCCUGUUAGAUUUUACCAGGGAUUAUGAUUUAAGCGUGCAAUUAUUGUUGAUAAUAAGUAAAUAGCCUGCAAUUUUACCAUUUCAUUAUGUUGUUGCUUUGUACUUAUUAAAUCUGUUAGGGUACAUUGUUGUAAUUUACCAAGUCAUCAAAGUUUCUUAAAAUUUGUGUAUGUGUGGUACGUAGUAGUGGGGAUGAGGGUGGUAUUCCAUGAUUACAUCUUUCACCAUUGACUAUAGAAGAAAAGCAAUGUUGAAACACGUAACAUUUCAAAAACUGAAGAUUAUUUAAGAGGAUAUAUACAUCAUUAAUUUACAUCAUGAUUAUAUAUUUAAAUGUUUAUAUGAUAUAUUUUAAAGCCAUAUUUGUAAUUUAAGCAUUUCACUCUCUUGUCAUUUGUAAGUGAUUUGUCAUGUCUAUCAUUUUGGCAAGAAUGUUUUUAAGAUGGUGUAUCAAUGGAUAGAGAUCAUGUCAUUAUAAUCUCAAGGGAGUUUACUGCUGGUUUUUCUGGAUUUUUUCGUGUACUUUUGAGAAUUAAAAAGAUUGUGAAUAUUUUCCCCCAUAA